CCUUUAUCGAUCUCCGGCCAUGGCCGACCCCAAGUAUUCCGACCUGCCCGGCAUCGCCAGGAAUGAACCUGAUGUCUAUGAGACCAGUGACGUGUCCAAGGAUGACCAGGCCAACUUUGAGGCGGAGGAGCUCACCAGCACCAGCGUGGAGCACCUCAUCAUUAACUCCAACGCCGCAUACGAGAAGUUCCGGGACAAGCGCCUGAGCACCGAGGGAGUGGAUUUCUCCGAUUGCAUCAGCAGGCCCAGGACAACGGGCUACAAGUCUGGGGAGUAUGAAAUUCUCGGCAAGGGUCUUGGUGCCAAAGAGACGCCCCAGCAGCGGUACCAGCGGCUGCAGCACGAGGUACAGGAGCUGGUUAGAGAGGUGGAGCAGAUCCAGAGCACGGUGAAGGAGGUGGUGAAGGAGGAGCUGACGCCCAUGGCCUCGGCCAGGCAGGUCGAGGGCCUGAAGCAGCAGCUGGUCUCCAGCCACCUGGAGAAGCUGCUGGGCCCUGCUGCAGCCAUAGACUUUGCAGAUCCCAAAAGUGCCCUGGCCAAGCGCCUGCUGCAGCAGCUGGAGGUGGUGAAGUGCAGCAAGGUGGCACCAAGGAAGACCCCUGACAAAGCCCCGGCGCCCACCGGAGACGCUGUCACCUUUGAGCUGUACUGGCAGCCGGAGCAGGACCACUUUGCCCAGACUGCCAAGAUCACAAUGCUGGAAAAGCGGCUGGCGCAGCUGGAGGCUGUGGUGUGGUGCGAGCCCGACAGCCAGAACCCGCUGUUGGUGGGGCUGAAGGGCACCAGCCUUGUGGAGACCGUGCAGGUCCUGCAGGCCAAGGUGAACAUCCUGGACGUGGCUGUGCUGGACCAAGUGGAGGCCCGGCUGCAGAGCGUCCUGAGGAAGGUGAAUGAAAUUGCCAAGCACAAAGCAACUGUGCAAGAUGACAACACCCAGAGCAAGAUCCACCAGAUCUAUGAGACAAUGCAGCACUGCGACCCCGUGGCCAGCACCUUGCCUGAUGUUGUGCAGAGGCUGGUGACCCUCAGGGACCUGCAUGAGCAAGGUCCAGCAGACAAUGAAGGAAAACCUGGCUGUUGUAGAGGACAACUUUGUGGACAUAGAUGCCCGCGUCAAGCGGCUACAGAAGUGACAGCAUGCUGGAGACACCCUCACACCCGGCAUCCCUGCCGCCGCCAGGGACCUGCGACCCUCUGGGAAUCUCUCCCUCCCCAAGUGGUUUUAUUUCAAGAGAACUGGGACCUCACUGGGCAGCUCCCAAAGGCAUCUGUCAGCUUUGGUGGCAGGACUCCAUUGAGGAUGUCCCUCUUCAGGAGGACCAAGAUGAGGACAGCGAUCUGCGGGAAGGCGAGGAACAGAAGAAAUCUCCUGGGGGACAGGAGAAAGGUUAGACCGAGCAGGGGGUAAAUUUGUCUCAGCUCUUGACAACCACCCUCUUUGAACGCCACCGUGGGACCUUGCACCGUGCUGGGCACAACACACCCUGCUCAGGACUGGGGUGAGGCUCUGCUGUACAUCUCCCCAGUGGGCCCCCAAAAUCCCCUGCUAUGUGCUGCCCAAGCAAGGAAGAAAAGAAAUCCUGAAGUUCUUCAUCCCUGACAAGUCCAAAGCUGCCCAAUGCCCUUGGACCACUGGCACGGGCAUUCCGCUGCGUAGGGAAGAGCCCUGGCACCCCGAGCCCCCUGAGCAACUCACCGCAGCCAAGAAGUGAUCUUAUGCCUCCUUGACACCAGCUGCUCCUCCUACAAGCCAAGGCACACAGGGACAUGCGUUGGGGUGUGUGAGGCAGCUGAGGUCUGGGGGCUCAGACCCCCUCCCUCGUCCCUGCUGAGAUCAGUGAGUGCCCCCAUGUCCCCUGGGCACAGUGCAGACCCUUUCCUCCCCAAGGCCCACAGUGGGGUUGUCUGUCCUACCAGCUGUGCAGCCACCAGCUCCUGCAGCAGGCUCUCGCCUGCCUUGUCUGCCUGCGCCGUCUUCCCCCUGCUACGGACACCACAGGGUUUGGGCUGUGAGAAGAGACCUUGGCCAGCAUGGUGAACCCCUGGGUGGCCAAGAGGGAGCCAGGGUGGUGCCCAGGCUCUGCUGGAGCUGGCACCAGGCACCCCCGGCAUCCCACCACCGCACAGACCCACCCCAGGCCUGGAGGGCAUGGAGGAGAGCCUGGGAGCUGCUCAGAGUUGUGCAGAGCUGCUUCCAGGAGUCCUGAGUUGCUCAGGGUUGUUUUGAGCCACUUAGACAAAGUCAAAUGGCUCUCCAGAGCAGGCUGGAGGAGCCAGAGAGAUGUCUGUGAGCAGCAGAGGCCUGCCCAGUGCUGCUCGGCAACCCCCCCGACCCCCCUGCCCCAGAUUUCAGUCAGGGCCCCGUUGCCACUCACAAAGCUGUUGGCUCUUGGAGACCUUCCCGUCUCUCCAGGAGGUGCUGGAGCUUGUUCCUGAGCAGCUGCAGAAGCAAAGGGCCUGGUCAAGAAUCCAUGCCAUGCCUCUUCUGAGGGGGGUUCCGCCACAAACGUGUUGAGCCCCCGUGCCUCCUGUCCCCAGUACCUCAUUGAUCAGAGUCUGCUGCUGAAGAGCUUC